UUGGUGAACAUGGAUUACCCCACCCACAAUACAAGUAACUUUUUAAAAUUGUGGAGAAUUAUUCAAAAGACUCGUACAUUGGAUUAAGGUGGAAAGCAUGAGAUGAAAAUGAAUUAAUUAAAAGGAAUGGGACCAUACCAUCUUGAUUAAAGAUAGAGUAUUAAAUUUAAACCAGUGUUGUAGGAUAUUGUAGGAUUCCCUUUAGAAAAGAAAGGAUACUUUACCAUCCAUUAUUGUUCAAAGCAACACUUUACCAAUAUUAUUCAACAAUUUUCAUAUCCAACACUCGUUCAUCAGCUAGGUCGCGUGGACUAUCUUUGAUUGCUUUAUGAUCCAAUUGAGUGAAUUCAUUUGCAGGCAAGCAGCAGCUCUCCCCGUUUCAGUAUAUAAUUGCGUAUGCACUUAAUUUCCCUUUUUUAUUUUUCUUUUUCUUGAUUUUCAGUCUCCUUGCUGUUGAUUUGUUGUUUGUUUGAAACCCCCCCCCCCCCCCCCCCCCAAAAAAAAAAAAAAAAAAAAAAAAGAAGGGAGCACUUUUGCACAUAGAUCUGUUUUAGUUUUGCUAAAGAAUAUUUAAAAAAAAAAAAAAAGAAAAAAAAAGAAGGUUGUUGUGGAAUCCAUAGUUUAUACCUGUUAUUUCAGCUUCCUCUGUUAAUCAGUAUCCAUGACGGAGCCUUUCUCUGCUGGUGAUAUUGAUUCUCAUUUAUUUUUCCAUAUUUUCAUCUACGCUAUGUAUUGAUCAGCAUCAUUUCAUUUCGUUUGCUGUCAUAUUGUAUUGUCCUUUUUAUUUGUUUAUGUGAAAUUGAAAAAAAAAAAAAAGAAAAAAAAAAGUAAAAAAAGAAGCGAAAGAGCUACAGUACCUAACAGGGAGGCAGGGCUUUGGAAUUAAAAAUGGAUGUUGUGAUUGCAAUUGUUGCGAAAAUUGCGGAAUACACAGUGGCACCAGUUGGUCGACAAAUUGGCUAUGUUUUUUCCUAUGGAAGCAAUAUGGAAAACCUCGACUCCGUAAUUCGACAGUUGGAGCAUAAGAAAAACCGGCUUCAACAUUCUGUUGAUGAGGCCAAAAAUAAUGCUCAUGAAAUCGAAGCCGAUGUUCAAGAGUGGCUUGACAGAGUACCUGCAGUCACUGAGGAGGCUAGAAAUUUUCGAAGAGACGAAUGCCGAGCAAAUACGAGGUGUUUAAAUGUUUCAUUCCCAAACCCGGUGCGGCGACAUCGGCUGAGCAGAAAAGCAAAGAAGAUGGUACAGAGCAUUACCAGUGAAAUUCUAGUUGCAGAGGGGUUUGGUGAGAAGGUUUCUUACCUUCCCACCCGUCAAAGUUCAAUCAGAAACAAAGGUUACGAGGAAUUUGAAUCGAGAAUGUCAACUUUGAGGAAGGUGAUGGAGGCACUGAGAGAUCCCAAUGUUAAUAUGAUUGGAUUGUAUGGGAUGGGAGGCGUUGGUAAAACCAUGCUGGCUAAAGAAGUUGCUAGAAAAGCAAUGGAAGAAAAGCUUUUCAGUCAAGCUAUUCUGGUCACUGUAUCCCAAUACCCAGAUUAUAAAAGUAUUCAACAACAAAUUGCAGGCGAGCUAGGUCUUACGUUGGAUGAUCGGACAAGCUUAUCUGCCAGAGCAGAUCGACUACGAAGUCGAUUGAGGCAAGAAAAGAGGAUCCUCAUGGUUGUAGAUGAUGUAUGGAAAAGGAUCGACUUGGAUGAAGAUGUUGGUAUAUCAUUUGGGGGUGAUCAGAAUCAAUGCAAGAUACUAUUGACAUCCAGGUUUUAUAAUGCAUUAAAGAAUGAUGUGAGAAAUGAAAGUACUUUUGAGGUUGGAAAAUUAUCUGGAAGUGAAUCCAUGGAUUUAUUUAAUAAAACAGCAACAGACGAUUCAGAUGGAAAGCCCGAGUUUCCAGAUUUGGCAACUCAGAUUGUUAAAGAAUGUGCUGGCUUACCGCUUGCGAUAACAGUAGUAGCAAGUGCAUUGAAGAAGGAACCUAAUUGCCACGUUUGGAAGAAUGCUUUGGAUGAGUUAAGAAGGGCAAGACCAGAUAACAUCGAAGGAAUGCAUGACAAAGUGUAUUCCAGUGUCAAGUUAAGUUACAAUUUUCUGCCAAGUGAAGAAGCAAAGUCAUUGUUGUUGCUCUGUAGUUUAUUUCCAGAAGAUGAAAACAUCGACACUGGUGAUUUGUUGAAAUAUGCUUUUGGUUUGGACUUGCUUCAAGGCCCUUUUCCUGAGAUGGAAACGGCAAAAAGUAAGAUGAAUACGCUUGUUGAAAAUCUUAAACGUUCUAGUCUUCUGUUGGAAGGUUCUUAUGGCAAGGACAGGGUAAAAUUGCAUGAUGUGAUCCGUGAUGUUGCUAUAGAUAUUGCAUCCAAAGAGAGGCGUUGGUAUAAUAUCAGAAAUCGUCAUGAGUUGGUUGAAUACAUGAGAAGGAGGGACCACAAAAAUUUCAAAGAUGCCAUUGCAAUUUCACUCCUUAGCUGCACAGAUGUCGUUGAACAGCUUCCAGAUGAAAGAUUGGAAUGUCCACAGCUUAAGUUAUUAUUGAUUGCCGGGCACCGCCGUGGACCGUCUGAUUGUCAAAUUGCAGAUCGAUUUUUGGAAGGAUUGAAAGAGCUUAGAGUUUUAUAUUUGAGUUAUGUGAAUUUGGAUCCACUGCCUUCAUCCUUUCGUUUUCUUCAGAAUCUUCGAACAUUGCGUUUGGAUGAAUGCAGAUUGGGCAACAUAGCUCUAAUUGGAGAGCUCAAAAAUUUAGAAAUUCUUGACCUUUCAAGUUCUAUAGUUGUGGAGUUGGGAAGUGAAAUCGGACAACUGACUCGACUGCGGGUGUUGGAUUUGAGGAGGUGUGAAGGACUUAGUGUUAUUCAACCAAAUGUCCUGGGGAGUUUGCGAAAUCUAGAAUGGCUGAAUUUAAGUUCCUGGUUUGAAAACUGGGAGGUUGAAGGAAAGAAUGGCCGUGAAAGAAGAAAUGCCAGUCUCAGUGAGCUAAAAAAUCUACCUCAACUUAGCUCUUUGUUAGAUCUAACAAUUCCCGAUGUUAAUGUUCUACCAAAAGACAUCUUUGGGGAAAAACUGGAAAGCUUUUCCAUAAACUUGGGAAGGAUUUUCGCACCUUCCACGCCAGGUUCUCACCGGUAUCUAGCUUCUUAUUACAGAAAAUUGUCGAUGGACCUGGAAAGAAGCAGUCAAUUAGAUGAGCUUGGGCGUAGAUAUUUGUUAAAAGGGUCUGAGGCGAUAGAAAUAAAUGGAUUAGAGGGUAUGAAUAGUGUUGCUUAUGAAUUAGAUAAAGACGGUUUUCCACAUUGUAAGCAUCUUCAGGUUGCAAAUAACGCUGGAAUUCUGUACAUCGUAAACUCGGUUGGACAAACUGCCUUUCGGAAGUUGGAGAUUUUGGAGCUUCAAAGAUUGGUGAAGUUGGAAAAGAUCUGCCAUGGAAUACUCUCGCCGGACUCUUUUCGCAAUUUGAGGCGACUUGAUGUAACUGUAUGUCAUAGAUUGAAGAAUAUCUUCUGUUUCUCCAUCGCCAAACUGCUUGAGGAAAUUAAAGUGAAGAAUUGCGAGAUGAUAGAGGAGAUAGUUGACAACGAUGAAGCCAUUAAUGUUAAGAUUGAGUUUCCCCGUCUGCGCUCAUUACGGUUGGAAAAUUUACCGCAGCUUCUACAGUAUUGCACUGAUCGUCAACCGAAGAGUACAACUAAUACCAGCUCCAUUCCUCUUUUUAAUGAAAAGGUUGAGUUUUCCAACUUAGAGUUGCUGAAAUUGUUCAGCCUCAAUAUCGGAAAGGUAUGGAGUGAUCAACUUCAAUAUUAUCAGAAAACAUUUGUUGACCAAGGAGCAUUUGGUAAUUUAAAAGAGAUUGAAGUGUCUGAGUGUGAUAAUUUGAAGGCUUUAAUACCAUUAUCUUUGGCUACAAGUCUUGUGCAUCUCCAAGACCUAAAUGUUGGAAGUUGUGAGGUCAUGGAAGAGAUAGUUUACAGUACAGAAGAUUCAGGGGAAGAAAUUAGGCUGGAAAAUAUUUUGUUCCCUAAACUUGAAUAUCUUUCUCUAGGCUCGAUUCCAAAGCUUGGAACAAUCAUCAGGGACUCCAAGUCAACACGCAUUGACAAUGAAGCUGAAGGAAUUAACUCGGUGGCAUAUAAACAACCUCUUUUCAAUUCUAAGGUUGAGUUUUCCAACUUAGGGUUCCUGAUAUUGUUCGACCUCAAUAUCGGAAGGGUAUGGAGUGAUCAACUUCAAUAUUAUCAGAAAACAUUUGUUGACCAAGGAGCAUUUGGUAAUUUAAGAAACAUUGAAGUGUCUGGGUGUGAUAAUUUGAAGGCUUUAAUACCAUUAUCUUUGGCUACAAGUCUUGUGCAUCUCGUAGUCCUAAAUGUUGGAAGAUGUAAGGUCAUGGAAGAGAUAGUUUACAGUACAGAGGAAUCAGGGGAAGAAAUUAGGCUGGAAAAUAUUUUGUUCCCUAAACUUGAAUUUCUUUCUCUAAGCUCGAUUCCAAAGCUUGGAACAAUCAUCAGGGACUCCAAGUCAACACGCAUUGACAAUGAAGCUGAAGGAAUUGACUCGGUGGCAUAUAAACAACCUCUUUUCACUUCUAAGGUCGAGUUCCGCAACAUGGAGGAAUUGUAUUUGGAAUCACUUGAUAGUUUGCAAAUGAUAUGGGACACGCAACUUCUUGAAAAGUUCGAUAAUAAUUUAACAAAAGUGAUUGUGACUAGGUGUGAUAAUUUGAAAAGUCUAAUACCUUCGUCUUUGUGUGGAAGUCUCGUGCAUUUAGAUUGCCUGGAGAUAAGUGGAUGUGAAAGCAUAAGAGAGGUAGUUUCCAUAGAAGAAUCAGCAGGACAAGAAAAGUUUGGAAAGAUUUUUUUCCCUCAACUUAAAUCUCUUGUGCUAUAUGACCUUCCAGAACUUAAGAGGUUUUGUGCCGGAGAUUGUAUUGAAUGUCCAUCAUUAAAAGAAUUAGCUAUAAAAAAUUGUGGAAAAAUGGAGACUUUCAUCAGCGACUCUCUUCCAAGUCACAUUGACAAUGAAAAUGAAGAAAUAGAAUCAGUCAAUAAAACACCUUUCUUCGUCAAAGAUAAGGUUAAAUUCCCAAACUUAGAAGCACUGACGAUUCGAAGCAAUGAAGUCAUUAGUGAGAUAUGGCAUGAUGAUCAGUCUUCAACAUUGCCUUUUCCGAAGCUAAAGAGUAUAAAGUUGGAUUCCAUACUCUCUGAAUCAUGUAAAUUUUCAUUCAAAUUCUUUCAAAGACUUGAACAUCUUGACCAUGUUGGUAUUAGCAGUCUACUCAUGGAAUCAAUUAUUAGUUCUGAUGAAGCACAUGAUAUACCCAUGCCUUUAAGAAAAUUGGAUUUGGAUGCACUUCCAAAGUUGGUGCAUCUCUGUGAUGAAGGUGUCCAAACAUGCAAAACCUUUCGGGUUGUGGAAGUUCUGAACGUAUCGAGGUGUGAGAGAUUAAAGAGCCUAAUGACUUCUUCAAUGUGUUUCCAAAAUUUGACAACUUUGAGUGUAUCAGAUUGCGAUGCAUUGGAAAAUUUAAUGGCUUCGGCAGCAGCGGCUAAAAGUCUGCAACAACUUACAGAAAUGAAAGUACGCAAUUGCAAAAGAAUGACACAAAUAAUUGGGAAUAAUCAUGAAGCAGAAUGUGAUGUUGAAACAGAGCAAAACGAGAUUGGGUUUAGCAACCUGCAGAUUUUAACUCUUCAUGACUUGUGCAGCCUUGGAAAGUUCUACUCUGGAAAUAACAUAAUAAGACUUCCGAAUUUGGAAGAAUUAAUUGUGAAUAAAUGCCCUGAGAUGGGGACGUUUUCUCACGGUACUGUAUACACCCCAAGGCUGUAUAGAAUAACGAUUAAAUUAAAACAUGAUUGGCUUAUUGAUUUUCCAAAACGUGCAAGAAAUGAUGAAGUGGAAUACCAGAGGCUUUUGGAGGGUGAUGUUAAUAGAACUCUAAAAAAGCAUUGGGAGGACCAUCAAACUGCUGCUACCUCAUCACAACCCAACAUUACAUGAUAUAUUCAGAAUUAUCAGAAUCAGAAACAUCCAACAAGGAAAAAUCUUUCAUGCACUCAAACAUCUCCUUGUGGUGGCAAUGCUCUCUGGCUGGAGAUAUUGAAGUGAGCACAGUAACACUUCAAAGGGGUGCAAGAUUGGCUGUCACAGGGAGGCUGAGCUUGUUUGCUGGGUGGUAGCUUAUGGUUGUAAUUAAAGAGGAUGACCCAGAUCUCAAUUUGCUUUUAUUAGAUUUGAAGCCGGAAAUAAAGCUGAUUAAUCUAUGUGAAGUUGUACUUUUGAAGAUGACAUUUUAGUGUAAAACCUUGUUUAAUGUUGAUAGAGGCUCAGAAUACUUACUCUAGACAUCAUGGUCAAAAUUCUGAUAUGGUUGAUCUUCUUUAUUAAUUUGCACUUCUUUAUUAUA